AAUUGUUUAUGCGAGCCCCAUUCAACCACCAUAUUUGCAGUGGGAUCUCGUGGAGAUUAUGAUAUAGGAAGCAGCCUCGGAAAAGAUUACAGAACCCAAACAGUUGUCGCCAGUCAAUUAAAUUUUAUAUAUGAGAGCAUUGAUCUUGCUUACUCCAUAAAAUCAAUCAUUGGUUCUUUUUUAUCUUUUCUUUUAAUUCAAUUUUGUCAGAAUUGAAUAUUAUCACCCCCUUUUCUGCCUUUGUACUAGCUAUAUAAAUAAGCCAGUUUGACAAACACUUCCUCACUCGAAGAACUCAAAUCAAAUCAAAUCAUUCCAUUUUGGGUCUCAAUUUUCAAAGAUCCCAAAAAUGGCGAUUGAGAUUGAGCAGCAGCCCUCCGUCCGCCUCUCAAAAGUGGCAGUUUCGAAAACUCACGGCGAAGAUUCGCCGUAUUUCGCCGGCUGGAAGGCCUACGAUGAAAACCCUUACCAUGAGUCAUGCAACCCCUCCGGCGUCAUUCAAAUGGGCUUAGCAGAAAAUCAGGUUUCGUUUGAUUUGCUAGAAGAUUAUCUGGAGCAGCAUUCAGAUAAUAAUAGCACUUCUCGGUUUAGAGAGAAUGCACUGUUUCAAGAUUAUCAUGGUUUGCUGUCUUUUAGAAAGGCAAUGGCUAGUUUCAUGGAGCAAAUCAGAGGCGGUAGGGCGAAAUUCAACCCUGAGAGAGUCGUCAUCACCGCCGGCGCCACCGCCGCCAACGAGCUCCUCACCUUCAUCAUCGCCGACCCCGGCGACGCCUUGCUCGUUCCAACCCCUUACUAUCCAGGGUUCGACAGAGACCUGCGGUGGCGCACCGGCGUGAAGAUCGUGCCGGUCCACUGCGACAGCUCGAACAAUUUCGAGAUCACGGCGGCUGCGCUGGACGCGGCCUACGAAGAAGCAGAAGCGAACAACAUAAGAGUGAGAGGGCUUCUGAUCACGAAUCCAUCAAACCCUCUGGGCGCCACCAUCAAGCGCGGCGCUCUCGAGCAGAUCCUCGACUUCGCGGCGCGCAGGAACAUCCACCUGGUCUCCGACGAGAUAUACUCCGGCUCCGCCUUCUCCCCCGACGAGUUCGUGAGCGUGGCGGAGAUUCUGGAAUCUCGGAACUACCGGGAUUCGGAGAGGGUCCACAUUGUGUACAGCCUCUCCAAGGACUUAGGGCUCCCCGGAUUUAGGGUUGGGACGAUCUACUCCUACAACGACCACGUCGUCACCACGGCGCGGAGGAUGUCCAGCUUCACCUUGAUCUCCUCGCAGACGCAGCAGCUCCUCGCCACCAUGCUCUCCGACGUCGGCUUCACCGGGAACUACAUUAAGACGAAUCGGCAGAGGCUGAAGAAGAGGUACGACAUGAUCAUCGAUGGGCUCAGAGACAUCGGAAUCGAGUGCUUGAAUGGGAACGCGGGGCUGUUUUGCUGGAUGAAUUUGAGCUCCUUGUUGAAGGAGGCAACUAAACAAGGGGAGUUGGAGCUGUGGAAGUUGAUAUUGAAUGAGGUGAAGCUCAACAUCUCGCCGGGAUCUUCUUGCCAUUGCUCCGAGCCCGGCUGGUUUCGAGUUUGCUUUGCUAAUAUGACUGAGCACACGCUGCAGAUUGCGCUCACCAGAAUUCAACACUUCAUGGACACGAGAAGGGGUUGAUUCUUUUUCAAUUUUAAUUCUUUUUGGGGUUUGGAUUUGUAUUUUGUAUAUGCUAUUCUUUAAGAAUAUACUAGCUGUAAAUCCGAUUCAUAUAUAUACCAUUAAUGGAGAAUUUUUAGUUGAUUAA